CAGGCCACAGGCAGCUUUUGAGGCUCUUAUCAGCAGCCACCAUAUUGUACUAGCACAUCCUCUUGUCCAGCAGGGAGCGGAAAACUCUCCUUGCAACAUGGUUCCCUCUCUCUCCCCCUUCUGUCUCUCCCACCUUACAUUUGCCAGUACCAGAGCUCUCCGACUGGCAACCAACUAGAGCAUUGUGUCUUCUUGGCGAAGAGAGUGAGAGAAGGAAGAGAUAGACAGGACAGUGAAAGAGAGAGAGAGAGGGGUGAGACUGACAUAUGGACAGAGGGGACGGCAGAGACUUAAACCAUCCAUCCCCACGCUGUGAGUGUGUCUUCGUUCAAAAGAGCAACUUCAAAAAACAAAUAAGUACGUUUGGACUGUCUUUCGUUCUCAUUCUGACUUCAUCUCUUUGUGAAUAUAUCGGACUUUUAUUUUAUUUUUUUAUUUCUAAUUAUUAAUUUUUAAAGCGAUUCACAUGAGUAUGAGGAGCGUUUCGAGUGGUAUCAGACAGUUUGGCUCCAAUUCUGAUGUCAUGGUUGACAGACAGACGCUGACAGGCUGCAGUGGAGUGUGAGCAACCUGAGGAGGAGGAGGAGGAGGAGGAGGAGGUUAAACACUGAGGAGAUACACCAUGUGCGUUCACAGAACUUUGACGGAUUUUGCAUUACAGUGAGACGAGCCACGCUGGAUUUCAUAAUGUAUCUACUCUUUGAUAUCAAUCCAAUCUUCAGCGGUCUGGGACAUUUUGAAUGCUUAAAAGGAUUUUGACUCACAUCCUCAAAAUACACACAGACAGACAGAUAGACGGACAGACUCAUUAAGAGCAGCCACCGGGGAGUCGUUCAGAAACCUAGAAUUUGCUGCUCAGGAUGUACUGUAAGAAAAAUCAACUCCAAAUCAGACCACAACAACAACUACCCCAGCUCCACACUGCACCCAGAGACGACACCACAGAAAUAGUCGUCCAUUAAAGACUGCAAGGACUGCAAAACACAGAAAUGAAAACAGUUAUUUCAUUGACACCUUCUGUAACGUUGUAGUGAGGGAAUGAAUACAGGCUCAUGUUUGCACACACUAUAGAUACAGCCAGCAGAGGCAGGAAUGAUAAAAGACUCACAUACUGACCCUGGCAACCAUAAGGGCGACUGAUGGAUUUCAGGUUUUGCCAGAGAAAAAUUUACAGUUUUAGUGAGGUAGAGCAGCAAAAUAUAGCAUAAUCUGUAGGGACGCAGAACAAAGGAAGAGGAAAUAAAGGGUUAUAAGACAUCUAUAUGGAAAAGACACAUACACUUGGUAAGGAGAGGUUUAAAGGGCUCUGUAGGACUAGAUGCAGCUGGUUCACAUGAACAUUUUAGUUACUCUCACACACAUAUAAAGACACCACUGGGACAAGACACACUCAGGGCACACACGCUGGGCAGCUGAGAGGAACAGGAGCUUGGCACUGACAGGGAUUCCCCCAAGAGACUUCACGACCAUGAUGGAGAAGCUGAACCCCACCAACCGACCUGCCUCACCCACUGACCUACCUCGCCCCUCCUCUUCCUCCUCUUCCUCCACCCCCUCCCCAUCCGGUGCCUCCGUGGAGCAGGACAGUCCCCUCCAGAACAAGACUUUAGCAUCCUCGGAUGCUAUCAGCAGCCCGUAUCCUGCUAACAAGACAGGGCACAAGGGACACACGGAUGUCCCCACUGCUGGCUCAAUUCUGUCCCCCAUUGCCACGACGAAGGCCAAUCACCUCACAGAUACAACUGCUGCACCUGAGCCCAUCGUCAUGGAGACCGAGGAGAAGGAGAAGCGAGGAGGACCAACAACCACCACAGCCCCUGCUCUUUCUGCCAACGGGUCCCCAACUCUUUCCUCUCCACCUCCACUCCUCCCGGCACCAGCCAAGACCUCCCCGUGCCCUCUACCACUUCCAGCGUCCACCGCGUCCUUCCCUUUGUCCUCAUCAUCCUCUACUCUUCCUCCACACAUUCCAGUCAUCAGCCUUGGUCACAGCAAACCCCCUCUUCCGCUCUCCAACACCCCUUUGACUGCCCUCCACCCAAUUCCCAACCUCCUACAUGGACCCCAUGUGGACCUCCGCCGCAGUCAGCUGACCUGUUUGCCUGUGGCCGGCCCUGCAGCUUCUGGAUCUUCUGCAGGUUCUGGGGGGCCGUCAGCUCCCUCCCCAGGACACCUGUUGCCUCAGCAGUACCUGCCUACACACCCCUUCUUCACCAGUUCUUACCUAGGUCCCUCAGGAGGAAACUAUGGUGUCAUCAACAAUAGCCGGAUCAAGAGAAGACCCUCGUCACACUUUGAGAUGGAGAUCAAUGAAUGCCCUGCACACUUAGACAGUGUUUAUGUGUGUCUAACAGGCCCACCUCAGAAAAUCGCUCGCCGUGUCUUCACCAACAGCCGUGAGCGCUGGCGACAGCAGAACGUGAACGGGGCUUUCUCUGAGCUGAGAAAACUCAUUCCCACACACCCACCUGACAAGAAGCUCAGCAAGAAUGAAAUCCUUCGUCUGGCUGUGAAAUACAUCAACUUCUUGGUCACUCUGCUCAAUGACCAGGCACAGGACAAGAGCGGGGACUCAGCUGAGGAUGAGGACGAAAGCACCACUGCUGGGUUAGAUGGUAAUAAACAGAACCCUCUUUUUCAGUGCGACACUUCUCCUCCGUCCCACACCGCCCCGGCAUCCUCAGCCCAUCCCGCCUUGGCGACAGUCCGCAGAGACAGAGACUCAACUGACUCAGUCAUUGCUCUGGCCUCACCAGCAACGUCCAGUUGCUAUGGUGACACAGACAGCGAGGAAAGCUUUGGGGCUAAGACCUCUUUGGUGACCCAUGGCAUUUUGGGCAAGGUCAAAGGUCAUAUAAGGAUGCUGGCAGCCACAAAUGAUGAGCGGUGACACCAAAAGACAGUAAAUAAAAAGGUGUGCAGCCAUUGGGAGUUUCAAUGUCACACUCACAGACAGGGCAGGACACACAAUUAUUGCCAAAUACCAAAAGUAGUGUGAAUAAGUAAGAGAUGGAUUUUUGGUGGUAUUUUGUAGUUUUAAUUAUCUCUAUGUUUUUUCCAGUGAUGUGCGAACAUUGAGCGUGAAGCUCUGUGUUUUAGCAAAAUACUGAACUAUGUUCUGGGGCAAGUUGAGAUCAUGGGACAUUCAAACAGACUCAUACAUGUUUUAUAUCCAAAUAAGGUCAAAAUGUUCCUUUGUGAAACAUUAGACCUCAAUGUCAAACAACAUGGGACCAAAACAGGACCCUGGAAAUCUAAUUAGAUUGUCUCAGGCUUGAUUUAUGUAGCAACCAAAAGUUGAUUUCUACGUGUUAUUAACAAAAAUCUAAUAAUCCUUUCUCAGUCAAGAAAUUCAGGAUCUUGAAUCCCUCCUCUGUGAACCCAUAAAAAUGUUAAAUCUCUCACAAGAGGGUUAAAAACCAGAUUUUUUGUUCCACUCUAAAUUAAAUUUACAUGUAAAUAACCAAUAUUGCCCCAGUACAGUUACAUGCUCUAUUGUGCCUGCAGAGAAGUGCAUGACAUGCAUUUGUGAAUCGAAGUUGCAGUUUUUAAUGUUUCUGCUGUUCUUCUUGUCAGAGAAGCAAGGUCGAUGGUCGCACCCUGACAUUGUGACACACCAGACAGAAAUAAAGUGUGUUUUAGUUUGCUGUUCCUUA